AAAGGACUUUGCAGAGGAACUUGUGGUACCAGGCACACGCUUUACAAUCUAUAUCUAGAAGAGACAACGCGACUAAUAUAUUCCUUCUAUCGUGAGCAAAAAGAAGAUAAAGAUUGAUGCGUUUGCGUUGACCGAGGACCGGAUCGAAAACUGUUCGUGCUGGAAUGAGCGAAAGAUAAGAAACGAGCGCUAAGUAAGUACGAAGAAUGUUAACUCAUUCUUGAAGAUUGUGAUCCUGACGGUACUCGUAGGUAACUGUCUGACAAGAACGAUGAACGACUGAGGUAUCUUCACAGGUAUUGUGCUCUCUCUGACAGACCCACCUGACGGUGACGACUGUAUGCAGCGACCUUGAAUGGUGCGUCGAACGGUCGCAGCAUCAGCCAUUGACUGGAGGACGACGUACGGAGCAAGGCCAUCUUGAUUGCUACUGAAGGCGCCUCUGCUGAACGCAUUGCCUGCUGAUCAACUGACAAGUCGAUCUACCACAUCGCUCUUGCAUCGGAGAGGGUCAACACCGUAAAAAUGCUGGACAUCCCGCUGACUUCGUUGGUGGUGACCGUAGCGUCUGCCUUCUUUCUCUGCGCCCUAGCUGUUGGAGGUGGUGUGGGCGGAGGUGCGCUGUACAUGCCAGUUUACGUUGGUCUGCUAGAGGACGCGCACCUCGCAGUGCCUCUCGCGAAAAUCACGACAAAUGGCGUAGCAUGGUCAGCGUUUUUUUUCAACCUCUUUGCUGCGCAUCCCGACGAUAAGCGAAGACCACUAAUAAACUACGAUGUCGCACUGAUCAUGGAGCCACUCACUCUAAUUGGAACGAUAAUCGGCGUCGCGCUCAACGUUGUGCUCACGUCAGGUACACUAAUAUUAAAGUAGUGACCUAGAGCUUUAUUCGUCUUUGAUAUUUUUUGCAUUUGUUUCCUCUCACACACGACGAGCACAAAUUAGGCCAACUACUUUUGUUGAUCGAAUAGCAUGUUGUCGUACACCAGGUAGAUGCGGAACCUCGUCUCAAAUGAUCUUUCCCUAUCGUGCAACAAACCAUAAUAUAGGACACGUUUUGGUCACAUUGGUGACGGUUUUGGGAUUUACGGCGUACAGGACGAUUGCAAAGGGCCUCGCCCAGCGUGAAAAAGAACUCGCAUUUUUAAAAGAGAGGGAGGAAAGCGGUAAUACGCCUCUUCAGGCUGGCCGAUCGAUUCAACUGGAGAGAUUCCCGUCGACGACUGUGCAGGGCUUAUCUGGCAGUGAAGACAGGGACCCGCUUCUAACAGAUCCCGCUUCUUCGAGCUCCACUGGUCGGUGGUUUCCGUGGGACAAAUUUUCGUACUACAUCUACAACUACCCAUAUCGACUUUUCUCAUUGAUCUAGUUGAGUUUGCAGUUGCACCAUUGCGGAUGAGAUACUUUGCAGAUACAAGCUACACAUGCAAGUGCAAAAGCUCAUUUUGUAUUUGUUCCCAUUUGUAUUGAUUUCAACUUUGAACUUUGCUGCAGAAUGAUGCUUGCGUUGUGGGUCUUUCACAUUUGCUGUUUGACGUACGCAGACGGCCCAUUUGCAAUUGUCUGCGGAUCCCCGGACCAACAGGGGGCGUUAGUUCUAAAUCUAGCAGUCCAAACUAUCUUCACGCUGGUGUGGAGGAGGCGAUGCCUGAAGCAGCAGAGCGAAAAGCAGUUCCAGCAAAGCGCGGCUGCGCAAAGCCUUGCGUCGCAGCCGCUCACGCUUUUCGCCGAUGAAUCGUCAAAAGGAUCAGGCGGCCACCUGGUUCAUGAGAGCUUCCAAUUUGGAGAGGCAAACACGCUUGUGUAUCCGUUUCUCAGCGGUGUGGCUGGAGUUUGCGCAGGAUCACUAGGGAUAGCGGGUGGUUUGAUAAAAGGACCGCUGAUGGUCGAUUGGGGACUGGCCGCUCAAAGUGCGACGGCGACUGCGAUAUUCAUGAUCAUGUUCACCAGCAGCUCCACUAUACUCCAGUUCAUCAUUCUGGGACGGCUCGACCUGCACAUGUCCAUCCUGUUAUGGCUGACUGGCUUUUCUGGUGGCCUCCUCGGCUCGAAAAUCGUCGCUCAUAUCCUGAAAAGACUCAACAGGCAGAGUUUUGUGACGCUAUUCCUGGGCUUCAUCAUUGUAGCAUCAGCUGUGUGCAUGUGCUCCGUCGUAGUGUUACAAAUUACAGGGGUUUUCGCGCAGCCAAAGCUUGAUGAUAAUCUCGACUACUGCGCACUCGCCGCUGCACAUAGGUGAUGACCAUAUUACCUGAUUCUGCAACACAACAACGCCUCGAGUACAACUAAGACUUAUCUUCACGCAUGAAACUUGUGUUGGAUUUGGCUUUUGAUAUCAUGUCUUAAUAUGUUGAGACGGCAGGAGCAGCAUACCUGUGUUGCCGACAGGCGAUCCUACUCGAGUUUUUCCUGGGCCACCGGUAUACUUCAUCUUUCAUGGUAC